GGCUCCGAACAAGGUGGGGGACCCCACCGAUCCCGGGGCGUCGAGCACAAAACUCGCCCUCUUAGGUACACAGCAGCUCUGCUGCUUCUUUCUUAAUAGCCUCCCCGCUCCCCCGUCAGGCUGCUCAUUCUCUCCUUCAUUCAUCUUCCUCAUCUACCUUCAUCUUCCGCUUGCUUGCCUGGUAGAUCCGACCGAGCAAGACGCAGGUCAAGAAAGAAGCAGCAUUCUGUCUCGUACCCAAACUUUAAGACUCCUCCCCCCCAUAUUCAAGAUGGUUCAGUCAUCCGUGUUGGGAUUUCCGCGAAUCGGAGUCCUUCGUGACCUGAAGAAGGCCAACGAGGCAUACUGGGCCGACAAGAUCUCGCAGGCCGACCUCCUCGCCGAAGGCAAGAGACUGCGUCUGGCCCACUGGAAGAUCCAGAAGGAUGCCGGAGUAGACAUCAUCCCCUCCAACGACUUUGCUCACUACGACCAUGUCCUCGACCACAUCCAGCUCUUCAAUGCCGUUCCCGAGCGCUACACAUCCCAGAAGCUUGCUCCCAUCGAUGAGUACUUCGCCAUGGGCCGUGGCCACCAAAAGGGCGGUGUAGAUGUCCCCGCCCUGGAGAUGGUCAAGUGGUUCGACUCCAACUACCACUACGUGAAGCCCACCCUCCAAGACAACCAGACUUUCUCCCUCGCCAAGGACCCCAAGCCUGUGCGCGAGUUCCUCGAGGCCAAGGAGGCUGGCUUUGUUACCCGCCCUGUUCUUGUCGGCCCCGUCUCGUUCCUGGCUCUUGGCAAGGCUGACCGUGGCUCGUCCGUCAACCCCAUCACCCUCCUUGACAAGCUCAUCCCUGUCUACGUCGAGCUCCUGAAGGCUCUCAAGGCUGCCGGCGCUGAGAGCGUCCAGAUUGACGAGCCCAUCCUGGUCUUUGACCUCGCACCCGAGGUCAAGGCUGCCUUCAAGCCCGCCUAUGAGGCCAUCAGCACCCUGGGCAGUGCUGCUCCUUCUGUUGUCGUCGCCACCUACUUCGGUGAUAUCGUUCACAACUUUGACGUUCUCCCCGCCUUUGCUAGGGUCCAGGGUCUGCACAUCGACCUUGUUCGGAACCCCGAGCAGCUCGAGCCCGUCCUCAAGCAGCUCGGCCCCAAGCAGAUUCUUUCUGCCGGUGUCGUUGACGGCCGUAACAUCUGGAAGAAUGACUUCCAGAAGUCCAUUGCGCUAGUCAAGACUGCCAUCGCUGCUCUCGGUGCCGACCGUGUCAUUGUUUCCACUUCCAGCUCUCUCCUCCACACACCCCACACCCUGACCAGCGAGAAGAAGCUUCCCGCCGAGGUUUACGACUGGUUCGCCUUUGCUACCGAGAAGACCAAGGAGGUUGCCAUCCUCGCCAAGGCUGUGACUAACCCCGAGGCUGUCCGCGCCGAGCUUGAUGCCAACGCUGCUACCAUCAAGGCCCGGUCCGAGUCUACCCGCACCAACGACCCCAAGGUCAAGGAGCGCCAGGCCAAGGUUACCCCUGAGCAGCACAACCGCAAGUCUCACUUCGACACGCGCUAUGCCCAGCAGAAGGCCCACCUCAAGCUUCCCCUCUUCCCCACCACUACAAUUGGAUCUUUCCCCCAGACACAGGAGAUCCGCGUUCAGCGUAACAAGUUCACCAAGGGGGAUAUCUCUGAGGCGCAGUACGACGAGUUUAUCAGGAAGGAGAUUGACCUUGCUGUCCAGAUUCAGGAUGAGCUUGACCUUGAUGUGUAUGUGCACGGCGAGCCCGAGCGUAACGACAUGGUUCAGUACUUCGGCGAGCGUCUCACAGGCUAUGUCUUCACCACCCACGCCUGGGUUCAAUCCUACGGCUCCCGCUGUGUCCGUCCCCCCAUUAUCGUGGGCGACAUCUCCCGCCCUCUCCCCAUGACCGUCAAGGAGUCCAAGUACGCUGCGUCCAUCUCCAAGAAGCCCAUGAAGGGCAUGCUUACUGGGCCCGUGACCUGCCUCCGGUGGUCUUUCCCCCGUAACGAUGUCCACCAGUCCGUUCAGUGCCAGCAGCUUGCCCUUGCCCUCCGUGACGAGGUCGUCGAUCUUGAGAAGAACGGAAUUUUCGUCAUCCAGGUCGAUGAGCCUGCUCUUCGGGAGGGUCUUCCCUUGAGGAAGGGAUCUGAGCGUGACGCCUACCUCAAGUGGGCUGUCGACAGCUUCAAGCUCGCCACCGCUGGUGUUGAGGAUUCUACCCAGAUCCACUCUCACUUCUGUUACUCCGAAUUCCAGGAUUUCUUCCAUGCCAUUGCCGCUUUGGAUGCCGAUGUCCUCUCGAUUGAGAACUCCAAGUCCGACGCCAAGCUCCUCAAGGUCUUCAUCGACGAGGAUUACCCGCGCCACAUUGGCCCUGGUGUCUAUGACAUCCACAGCCCUCGUAUUCCUUCCGAGGACGAGUUCAAGCAGCGCAUCUCUGAGAUGCUCCAGUUCCUUCGCCCUGAUCAGCUCUGGAUCAACCCUGACUGUGGCCUGAAGACUCGCAAGUGGGAUGAGGUCAAGGGUGCCCUCACCCACAUGGUCAACGCUGCCAAGUACUUCCGUGAGCAGCAGCAGAAGGCAUAAUUUUAUGCAUCGCCAUGAUGCACAUGUAUGGCCGGAUUUUUUGUUUCAACAGCAUUAGCAUUUUGGGGUCUAACGGUUUUCCAAAACGGGCGACAUUGAUGAUACCUCAAAAAGCGCCAUUCUCAACUCGGCGUUGGUGGGACAGAGGAAAAUCCGGAUUUGUUUUC